AUGGAUUCUUCUGAACCUGAGGUUGUAGCCAAGGGCGACUUGCCAUAUGUCAACAAAGACUUACCCUUGACUUUCUUUGGUGUCAAGCAUACGAAAUGGACGAAAAAGGAUCUAGUUGAAAUGAUCGAGACUCUUGGUGGGAACGCCUCCACCAACACCACGAAACUGGAGCUCUAUGAGACGGUCCACCUCCGCUACAACCCAGGGAGAAUUUUGCAAAGGACAAUUAAUGCUUUGGAGGUGCUAGCUCAAGCUGUGGCUGGACAGAACUGGAGGUCGCAAGCACUUGUGCAGGAAGCGGUGCAAGAUGCGACAAGGGAGAGAGCCGAUUUAGCAAGGAAAAAGAGGGGUGCAGCAAGGCUGAGGGUUGGAACAGAACCAGCUUACGAGCCUGCGCCCGUUCCCCAGGGGAGGAAGAAUGAGGGCGGAAGCUAUCUAGCUUAUAAAUGGGACCAGGAUGAGGAAUCGGAGGAAGGGGAAGGGGACCCUGUUCGACCACGGCGAGCGCAGCCUCCCGCCACUCAAAAAGGCAUCAAUCGGCGGAAAAGAGCAGCCGACAGCGACCUGCCAGACUCCUCCGAUGUGGAGAUUGUUAAAGUGGUAAGAAAGAGGGCAGGUGUCGGUGUGGACAGCAAAGAUGGAGAAGCGGAUAAGGGCAGCCGUCGUAAGAGACAGGCUGAGUCGACCUUUGCUAACGGCAGAGCCAAGAGGCAAAAGGUGCACAACAAUCUAGGACUGGAGGGCAGAGCGCAGGGACCCCCUCCCGUGGCAUUCGGCACAUCUAUAGCCAUCAGAGACAACAUCGCUUUUGGUGUUGGCCUCCAACCUGUCAACUACGAGCUAUCUGGGGAGAGGCCAUCCUGCCAGGUCUGUUCUGAUGACUUAGACCCAUUGCUCCAGUUCCAGGUCAGUGUCGCCUCUGACUGCAAUCAUGCACCAGAGAUCUGCCUUGCUUGCUGGGAACAGCACAUUGCCGCACAAGCAGACACAAAAAGCUGGGAUUCUAUCUCAUGUCCUCACGCCGGCUGUGGUGUUGUAUUGGACCACGGUGAUAUGCAGCGAUUUGCACCAUCAGACAUUUUUCGCCGAUAUGACAAGUGGCAGAUGAACAAAACGCUACAGAGUGCCCCUGAUUACCGUCUAUGUGCACAUGAAGGCUGUAAGAGCGGGGGUUUCGUGGAAGAAGACGACCUGGCCUCCGAGUACAUAACAUGUGCAGACUGUCAACGGAACACUUGUCUCGGCUGCAAUCUCAUCCACCACCAUGGCCAAACCUGCGAAGAGUACCGUGUCUGGCUAGCAGAUGCUCCCAAACGGGCAGAGGCGGAUAAGGCAGAAAAAGCUCGAAUGGAGAAAUUGAAACGCGCCGAAGAAAAGUCUGCGAAGUACCUUGAUAAGAAAGCAAAGACUUGCCCGAAUGCCAAAUGUGGUGCAGUAAUCCAGAAGACAAGUGGUUGUGAUCAUAUGACAUGUCGCGCAUGCCGACACGAGUUCUGCUGGAUCUGCCUUGCUGACUAUAAGACCAUUCUGCGAGAAGGAAAUCAACGGCAUGCAGCAAAGUGCAACUAUUACUCGGGUGGCAUUCCAGGUCACUGA